GAAGGUCAUGCUUUCACAUGAAAUUUGUAAUAUUGUGGGUGGAGUUUUCCUGUUACACCACAUUGCAUAGUCACUGUUCCAGUUGUUCGUGAUUUAGUAUCGUUUGUUGAUUUGUCAUCAAAGUUUAAACUAAUUAUGUUAUUUUAUAAUACCCGGAGGAUGGUCAUGUGAUGCAAGGGCAACCAGUUAGAAGCUGUGUUUACCUCGGCCCGUGGUGUGUGACGUUAUUUGUGUGAUGUAAACAGUGGAGAAGGUGGUUGAGGUUUGAUCGUCUCCGCCGAGGUUGACGGUUCAGUCGCCGCGAAUAAACUCACGGGUCGGUCUUGUGUGUGUUUGAGCGCACAAUGGAAGAACAGAUUAAAUUGUGUGUGACCUGUGGCGGAGAGACGCAAACUUUCCUGACGUGCGACUCGGUGAAGACGACAUGGGCGGACCUGGAAGAUAUGGUAAAAGUUUCGUUUGAUCUCAACAAUGUUCAAAUAAAGUACUUUGAUGAAGAUAACGAAGAGGUGUCUAUUAACAGUGCAGAGGAAUAUGAAGAAUUUAUAAAGAGUGCAAUUAAACAAGGAAAGCAGAUUCAAAUGAAUGCUUAUGAAAUAAACCUAAAGGAUAAAAUGGAAAACCAUACUUCAAAGAGAACAUUUGAAAAUAUCGAGUUGAAGGGAUCUCAGAAUAAGAAAGCUAAAAAAAAAGAAAUGAAGCAUCAUUCCCAAUUAGCUAAGGUUGUUGGCCCUGAGAUGAAGGUUUCGCAGGAACCUAAAAAUAAGGUGCUGCCAAAGGAUGCAAAUCAAACAAAGGAAAACUGGCAGCUGCCUCCAGUUUGGUUUACAGAAUACAUGGAAAUGUUCAAAGAAACCUUUGUAAGAGAAACUGUUGACAGGAUUUGUUGCAAUUUCUUUGAGAAAGUGAACAUUGAGCAGCGGGUCCGUCAUUCUCCCAAUGGCCUGGUGGCAUGUCCUACCCAAGUUCCAGAACUGCAAACAACACAAGUUAACUGCUAUGAUUGGCUCAUGACUUGUAGCAACUGCCAAUCUCAGAUUCGUGGAAUACGCUAUCAGUGCAGCAUUUGCCCUACUUACAACAUCUGUGAGGCAUGUGAAGCUGGUGACUAUAGACAUGAUCCUAAUCAUGCAUUGUUGAAAUUGAGAAAAGCCUUGACAUCAGCUGAAAUCCUACCUAUACAGUUUGGAAACAUGCAAACAAAUGUAGCAGAACAAACAAGGUUGCAGAAACAAAUAGAUAAAACUUUUCUAAAAGCUGAAAAGCAGAGACUCCGAGCAGAAAAGCGACAACGCAAAGCAGAGUUUAAGGAGAUUAAAAAGCAGCUAAAACUUCAGAAAAAGCAUUUGCAGUGGAAUGGAGUACACGUCAUGGAACAAUUAAGUGAACCCAUACAAGGGCCUAAAGGACUCCAGAAUGCUUCUACUAUGCCUGUUAUGUCAACAUUGAGUGCUGAAUUUGUGGAUGAGAAUUUUCCUGAUGGUAGUCAUCUUCAACCAGCAAUCAAAUUUAUCAAGCAGUGGCGAAUGAAAAACACUGGCACUGCUAAUUGGACAUCUGCCACAAAACUUCAGUUCAUGUGGGGUAAUCUCACACAGGCCUUUUCUGAUAAAAAGGAAGUAUCUGUUCCAUUCCUACAACCAGGAGAGAUUGGUGUUGUUUCAGUGAAAUUUGUUGCACCAGAAUCUGAAGGCACUUAUACUUCACACUGGCGCUUGGCUCAUAAAGGGGAACAGUUUGGACCUAGAGUAUGGUGCAGCAUUGUUAUUGACUUUCCAUUACCCACUGGAGCUGCAAAUGUGACCCCAGAUUUGAAGGCAAACUCUUUCUUGGCACCAAGGGCAAGGUUUCCUAAAAAUCGGGAAGAAGUUCCCUUGGCUUCAGAGACUCAGGAUCAACCUGUUCCAGAAGAAGAAACCACAGUAAUGAUAACUACAAAAAAGCCAUUUGUGACGGCAGACUCUGGGAAGUAUCCAAUUGCAUUGGAGAUUGAGGAAGCAGAGGCAGCAAAAACAGCAACUAUAGCAUUGCCCAAGCUUAAGCAUAAGGACCAGAAUAGGGAAUUUUACACAUUGAUGCCAUCUGUAGACCUUCUGACUGCACAGGACCUGCUUUCAUUUGAACUAUUGGACAUAAAUAUUGUGCAGGAAAUGGAACAUGUUCCAAACAAUACCCCAGUUGAUAUGACCCCAUGCAUGUCACCUUUACCCUAUGAUGGUCCACUAAUUGAGAAGCCCGGUCUUGUUCAGAUUGAAGAGGAAAAUGAAGCUAACUUCAAGUCACGGUUGGAUCAUCCUCAUUUAGAGGAAGGAGAGGAGGACAUCAGUGGGACUCAAUUUGUUUGCGAGACUGUUAUCCGUUCUCUAGCUUUAGAUGAGACUCCUGAUUUGGUCCCACGCCGCAGGGGUAAAGCAGACAACACCUCCCAGGAAAUGCAAGAAAUCUCCAGCUCUGCUAUUAAUAACACUGAAUGUACAGCUGACCAAAUCACUGUGACAACAGGGCAGUCAAAACUUUGCACUGAGAUACCUCAGGAUAAAGAUAACAUUGAAUCUGAUGCAGCUGAUGAUGUCAGUGAAUGCUUUGAAGAAGAGAAGUAUGAAAUAGAAAGUCAGGGGUCUUCUGACUGUUCUGAGGACUACAUUAUCAUCUUACCUGAAUGUUUUGAUACAAGUCGUCCUCUAGGAGACUCAAUGUAUAGCUCUGCCCUUUCCCAGCCAGAAGACGAGGAGGAGGAGGAGGAGGAGGAGGAGAUAGAAGUGGUAUCCGAUGCGGACGUCUCUGAGAAUGAAAACGCUGUCAGUGAAAACAAGUCUCAGUUGCAUAACAUUAAUGAUGUAUUUUGUAUAUCUCAGACAUUGGAAAUGGAGCCCCUUAAACCAGAAGUGCUGUCUGCUCCAUUGCACGAACAAAGGAAUGAUGCUGGAACUUUAAAUUCAAGUGAGGUUCACUCUGAUGUGCCAGAAAUGCCUGAGGUAGAGAAUCCACCAGUUAAUUCAACUGUUCAUCAACAAAGAAAUGUGUCCACAGCUUUUGAAGUGGAAUGUGCAGAAGGACCCAGAACCAUGAAUAAUCAACUUCAAUGUCCACAUUUAAGACACCAUAGUGGCAUUGCUGGUGAGCUAGUGAAAGGAGCACUGUCUGUGGCGGCUUCUGCCUAUAAAGCUCUUUUUGCAGGGGACACCAGUGUGGUACAGGCUGAAGCACACUUGAUGGAUAUUCUUUUUGAAAUGGGAUUUUGUGACAGACAACUAAAUAUAAAACUCCUCAAGAAACAUAACAACAACCUCAUUGAAGUUGUCAAUGAACUUCUGCACAUCAAUGAAAAUGACUGGUUCACUGGACGCCACUAAAUAAACAUGAGAGACAUGGACUGCCAUUUAAUUAAUGUGGACCUCUUGUGUGUGCUAAAAGGAAAUUUUACACAAUAGCUGUAAUGGAAGACAUCCACAGGACGAUAUGAUAUUCUGUGAAUUCAUUAUCAGCAAGAUGUUGAGCUUGUUUAAUAUUGGAGGGGAUAUAUUUUUCCACUCCACAAUUUAGAUGUGGGGUUAUAUAGUGUAAAAAAAAAACUUGUGGAUUAACAAAAAAUCCAAAAGAAAAGGGAAUCACAAUGUGUCUCAGUCUGAUAAAUUUUGGAAAAGCCACAUUGAUGCUGAUUUCACGAUGAGUUACACGACUCAAAAGGCAUUAAGGAUCACUAUAUUUUGAAAUGUAAUAAUCAGAGUUGGACUGUGUACAAUGGAAUACUGUACUAUAGGGAACCGAUUAGUUAACAUAUAUCAAUGCAAUGAGUAUACCUAAGAGGGCUCAGUGUCAGGAAUAUGAUUUUAUACUUGCAUUGUAGCAUAUUGUACUUGAGAGAGAAACAAUUGAAACUUUAUUUUAGAUCAGCUUGGAAGCAGUGCAAACCUAGUUCAUAAUCAAUGUUUGCUUAUACAUUGAUACUUCAUACAAUGGAAGCCUGCAGCAGCAAAUAACCGUUAGAGAUACUCAUAACAGGUCUUCUUUUGGAAAUGUAUUAUUGGAUUAUGAGAAGUAGAAUAUAAUGCGUAAUGUUUGUGUACUAAAUUAUCUUUCAGCAGCCAAAUUGUGCAUAUCAUAAAAUUAAUUAUUGCAAUCUAAUGCAGAAAGAUAAAUUUAAUUUGAUACUUUACUGCUGAAAGAAAAUUUCAUGCUUUCCCUAGACAUAUUUCUUUUUUCAAAUACUACCUGUAUUGGAAAUUGUAGGUUUUGAUCAUUGCCACAGCAUUUGUUGUCAGCUUCUAUGUGCUUUGAAGGAUUUAGUUUCUGGUAAAUCAGUUUUAGUUCUAUUGGAUAGUUGAUAUUUUCUUAAGUUCUGAUUAUGUUUUGAUUCUGGUCAAAAGCUGCAGGGAAUAAUGCUUGUAUUGAAAUUCAUGUAGGUGGCCUCUCAAAGCUACAUAGCACCUUUGUUUUUAAAAAAGAUCUAUUAUUAUUUCAAGGCUGAGAUAGAUUAACAGCUGCAUAUUAAUUCAGCUGAGGUUUCCAAAUCUAAGAGCUAGAAUUUGCAACUGUUGCAGUAUACUUACUUCUGCUUGCCCUAUUGAGCAGCCAUAGGCCGCUGACAGCAGCUUGCCAAAGUCCUCUGUCCUGGGCUUGGGAUUGUCUAUGGUGGAGUUGUUAAAACUUAGUUGACUAUAAUUAUAUUCUUGAACUAAAGCUUUUAUUUGUCCUGGAAGACAUGGUGGAUUUUUUUGGCAGUGUUUAAUUAAAUGUUCCUCAAAAAAGUUCAGCUAACUUGGAAUGAUAAUAUUUUUAAUGCAUCCAAGUUACGUGCGUAUUGUGGCAAUGGAGCCUUCAUUCAAAAGUUUAACAUUUAUACUACAUUACAGUCCUAAAGCAUUAAUUAUCAAGGCCUACACAAGUGCAUAAACACAUAAUUAUUCUUGUUAUGUAGACUCAUAGAAUCAAGGAUGACUUGUUUCCAUUUUAAUUCUGAGGAGCAAAAGAUGUCUGUGCAUUUAUAUAAAGUAACUAAAUGCAUGGUUACAUGUCCUCUUCUGUUUCUUCUCUACUUCACCUGACCUUGCUUCCCAAUCCUACCCCUGUCAGAUGCUCACUGUCGCUGGGAUGUCUUUGUCCCACUCUCCCUCUUCAGGCUCAACCCCAAUAGCAGCACCCACACUGUCUGAAGUCUCCAGCCUAGGUGUACACUAUUCCAGCUAAUUUGGCUUACCGAACACAUAUGUAAAUUUGUCUCCCAUUAUUGUUGUAUUACUCUUUUGCCAUGCUGAAAAAAAUAAAAAUAAAUACAAAUUCUGCCCUCAUAUUUGCUGUCACCUAAUGACUUCCAAAGAUUAUAUAGUUUUAUUCAUUGCACAUCACAAUGUCUACAUCCAUAAAGUGAGAAUAGAAAAUGAGACUUUCACAAUUUCUUCGAGUGCAUCAAAAAUGUCUUUUGCAUUUGGAAUGAACUUUGUUUACUUUCAUUCUAAAGGAAUAAUUUAACUUCAAAGCGAUUGUUCUGUAAGAGGAAUAUUGUUGAAGUUUGGGUUGCGAGUUGUACUGCACCAAGGGACGCUAAAGCAGAACAAUUCUUCAUCUGUUCCAUGGGUCAAUUUCAGUUGCAGUGGAAUGAAGGAGAUGUUCACCAUAUUUAUGGUUUUAUGCAAGGUUCCACAAAAGACUUGAAUUUUUUUUUUAAUUUGGUGAUAUAAAAACAUAUAAAAGCUGGAAUUACAUGGGUAGUAGUACAACCCAGGCUGUUGCUUCAUUGAGAAAGUCAUGAAUAACCCUGUAAUCUUCACAAAUUACUUUUUACUAGUGUAUUUUUCCUUGGCACAUCUUUCUCUGCUAAAACCUAUAUUGACUGAAAUUAUACCUCAAUGGUUGAGUCAGUGUGUCAAGGACAACUGUUGCUCGGUUCAUUCAAAAAGUCAAGAUGGUGUACGGAAUAUUGAAGUGUCAUCCUAAUUUUGGAUUAAUGAAUACUUUAACCUUUUAACCUCUCUUCUCAAUAAAAUUUUAGGGUAAAAAUAGCUCAGCAUUUCUUUUCUGCAGUUUUGUCAUUAGUAACAACAUAAAAUGAAAUGCUUUAAACUGAUUUAAAAAUGGGAAAUAAAUGGACAAAUAAUCCAAUGUUCAAAAGUUACUAUUUACAAUUAAUAAAUUUUGAUUUGUAGAUUGCACCAAUAUUUACAUGAUGCAAUGUUGUUAUACAUUUUUUAUCUUGUUCAAAAAUAACACAAGAAACUACUACACCUUUAGCUGCUGGUGGGGUCAAGCAUGUAGCAAGUUGCAUUGAAGAGAUAGUGAUAUGGCAAUGAAAAUGUUUUGGGUUUGAUUUGCAAUCUACAGUUUUACACUGUACCCCUAUGUACCAAAAUGUGUGUUCAGAAAAUUUUGUGGUUAACUUACUGUCUUUGAAAUGGGUUACAAGUGUGCUCUGGGAUGGAAAGAGAAAAUCAGAUUUUCUUGAAACUAUAUACCCUUUCACUACAAGACGUCUUGGAGGUUAACUGUGCUGUUUUUUUUAAAAAAGCCCACCAGAAUAACUUUUGCACAACACAAAAGCAUUGACAUCAUUUAAUUCAAUGGUGUAAAGUUGUAACACUUUUAGCAUCUUAUCAGUAUAUUAGCAUGAUGUAUAGCUCUGAUAUAUGUUGAUCUAGUAUUGCACAGGGGUGUCUUGGCUCAACAGGUAUUUUAUAUUGACAAUAGUUUACAGAGCGAGACUUCAAACCAAACUGGAUUCACACUCACAUUUAGCUAAUUAACAGGUUACUUUAGUACUAUUUCAUCAUUGGAAUAAGAAUCCAAAGAGAGGCAGAUAAUAAACUGGAGUCAAAAUUAUAUAACUAUGCUUCAAAUGUCUGAUAGAUGCACCAAGAAAGGAUUGGAUCCAUUGAACUAUUUUGCAGUCUUUAUUGCAGAAUUUGCAAGAUUUAAAGUUAAUGCUUUGGUAACUUCUGAUAGAUUUAUUUGCACAUUGUCUACAUUUGCAUGUAACUGUCUUCAAGCCAAUUUUAGAGUAUGUAUUAUUGCACACAUUACUCCAACAUUCUUUAUAAAUGUAUUUUUCUGUUCCUUUGAAAAGUGAUGUAAAUGUAAGUAGAUUCCUUUUAGAUUAAUAAAGAUAUUGAUUAAAAAGUU